AUGACAAUUCUGGAGAUGGAUAGUGGUGACAGUCACACACAACAAUGUGACUGUUCUGAAUAUCACCAAAUUGUACACUUGAAAACAGACUAUCUGGCAGUCUUCUCCCAGUGGCCACUAAGUAGGUCCAAGGAGAGAAAAGAGAAAACAUUUACAAGGAGCCCAUGGAAAAGUGCUAAAGACUCUCUACGCUUUGAUUCUUCAGACCGCAAUACAAGAUGGCAGCCACCACGGGCUCAGAAUGUUUAUGAAAACCAAAUAUACAGCCUUAAAAUAAAAUAUGGACCUAAAUCAUUCCCUUUUGUAAAAUUUGUAACAAAAUUUAAUAUGAAUGGAGUCAAUAGUUCAUAUGGAGUAGUGGACCCAAGCGCCAUAUCAAUGCUAUCAAAAUGGCAAAAUUCAUGUUGUAUUAAAGCUUUCCUGCAAGAGCUUUGACACCUAAUGAUGUCUAAAGAAAAUAUGAAACUCCUUCAGCCAACUGAAGGUCAGUGUUACAGCACUUAA